AUGGCUUUGCCCGGAACAGAGCCUUUCUCCAUGUCGUGCGAGUCGCCCAAGAUGGAGGAAUCAUCGCUGAGCGAAAUCGCCAGGGCCCUCGGCGACCGCCCAAGGAAGCCGAGGGAGGCCAACUCGCUGGUUACCAACGACUCGAGCAGCUCCUUCAAGCGCAACGGCGUCGAGUCUUCCGGCACGGACAACGACGACCGCACCGCGUCCUCGUCGUCGUCGUCGUCGUCGUCCACCAUCGCCUUCUUCACCACCGUCUGCGGGCUACUCUUCGUCACGCUGUUCGCCGCCUACCUGACGAACGCCAGGCGGCGCUUCGGCUCGAUCGGCGACCUCGUCGUGUCGUGUCGAACCGCCGAGUGCAAGCUCGCGUCGGGCUACCUGUCCACGCUCGUGGACCGCGACGUCGAACCGUGCGACGACUUCUACCAACACGUGUGCGGCAAGUGGACCAGGGAGCGCGACGGCCUCAGCUUCCUGGGCGACGCCUUCCAGCGGUACCUGGCCGACCUGCGUCGCCGGUUGACGUCGCUAGACGUUGAGCGGGCCACCGUGCACCCCAAGCUGCGUGCAGGCCUCAUUGUGGGCAGCCGCUUCGUCCGGGACUGCUUCCUCUACAUGGAGGAAGCAGAACCGGACGUGAAACGAGAGGUUGCCUCCAUCCUCGAGGUCCUGGACGUCUCGGCCGUCCUCGGCUCGGAAUCGUCUUUCGACGCGUUGCUGCAGGCCUUGACGCUGUCCUUCACCACGGGUCUCGCCACGGUAGUCGGGAUCCGGAGACGGAGGUCGGAAGGCCGCGUCUUCCUGCACAUCCACAGCGCCAGGUCCAUCCGGGAAGAACUGCUGCCAGAGGCGACGGACCGUGCGGUACUAACUUACCUGGACAAAGUCGUUCGCGCUGCGUCCAGCGACCGCGUCCGCAGUGACGUCCUCGCCAGCUCGUUGCUUGCUCUGGACGUGCGCGUAGCCCAGACGGCGCGCAUCUUCUCUCAGUCGCCCGACGACGAUGAUGCGUGGCUACACGUCGCCGAUCUGAUCGGAGACCCGGGAUUUCCCGCCGGUCUGUGGGACGUGGCCUUCGGCUCGUUCAAGGCCAACGAACCGGUCCGGGGUCACGACAACGCCGUGCUCUUCACGGGCUUGAACGCGUCGCGCUUGGUGGCCCGACAUCUGGAGCGGACGCUGGUCAACGUCACCGCCUGGUACCUGGUCACGGCGACGCUGUCUCGCGCUCUGCGGCUCGAUUUUGUCAAGCGGUUCGGCGUCAACUAUCCGUACAGGGCCGAGCACCUUUGCCUGGACGCGGCGACAAGGGCUCUGGAGCCCGACUGGCCUCUGGUCCUUGUCGGGCUGGCAUUCCGAGACGUCGAUUUCGGGGGCGCCGAGGCGCUCUUCGACGGCGUCCGCCGCUCCUCCAUGGCGACGAUGCCCGAGUGGCUGGACAACGUCACGACCAGGAGGACGCGUAACAGGCUGAGACACGUCACGCUGACGUCAUUCGCUACGAGCUUUCGAAGCAACAACGCGACGAUGGCCGAGGUUGGCGGCAGCUUCGCCCGAGGGAACCGCAGCUUCCUGGCAUACUACGUGGCGCUGCACCAUGUCGCCCAGGAGGUCUCCAUCCGGGACCCUCCCGAUGGCCUCAAGGGAGCCCUGUCCUCCGUCGAGCUGCGGGGUCGCGUAGUCUACAGAGACCUGUACGGCACGGUGUUCCUGCCGCUGGUAUACCUAAGGCAUCCCAUCUUCUACAACGCCUCGGUGGCCUCGUACUACAACUACGGCACCUUGGGGACCAUCCUGUCCAAGGAGCUCGCCGAGGCGGUGUCCCCCUUCUCCCGGGGCGGCGGCAUCGAUUAUUCGGGAAAGGACCGCGAAGAAGGCAACGCCAACGGGUCCUCCCUGUGGUCCGAGGCGUCGCGGCGCGAGCUCUCUUACCGGAUCGGCUGCUACCGCGCGUUCGAAGACCACUACCACAAGGGACGCCCUCAGGACGUGGACUGGAUGACGGCGCCCUUGAAGCGGAACCUGUACGCCUGGCUUCGUGCCGCCCGAGUCGCCUACGACGCCAUGAGGGCGGACUACGUGUCCUCGACGCGCGGAGGAGCCCUGGGCCACAGCACGGCGCUCUGGAAGUCUGCGCAGAUGGUGUUCUUCAGGCGCUUCUGCCUGGUCGCCUGCGGUCUCGACCGCACGGAGCCACUGAGCGCCCGGGAGCGGUGCCACUGGCCGUUGCUCAACAUGGCCGAAUUCGUGGACGCCUUCGGCUGCCCCAACAACUCGUUCAUGGCUUCGAGGCAGAACUGCCACUUUCUGUAGCUGCGGCUUUGACUUCGCAAACUAUAAUGAGUUAACUAGCGGACGCGAUAGAAGUAUUAAUCGAUUAUUUUGUAUUAUUUUCCUUUUUUUGUACCGUAUAAGAGAAACUUUAUGUAAACCCUUUCGGCUACGAGAUUUAUUCGCGGAGCUAGCUGCCGCCUCUUUUAGGUUCCGUCUAAGACAUGAACUUGCAACUGUUAAUUAACGCUUACUUUGCACCAUUUUUUUUACUUAUAUCGUAAGCGUUAAACUGCUGCGAACCUAUUCAGCGACCAGAUGCUUUCGUUCGUGGCUUCGAGGUAGAAGUGAGGUUUUCUUUUAGGCUGCUUUAGAUUAAUAAGCUACGACUGAUUUGCAACUGAUGCGUUAUACCUGACGGAAAUUUUAACGCAUUGCUUUUUACUACUUUCUUUGCAUCGUAAGCGUUAAACUUCUCUCAACGCCUUAAAGCGGUUGCUAUAGAAGACUUCGUUCACGGAUUCGUGGCAGAAUUAACUGCUGAAUAACCUUAUGUAACCUGAACAUUGAGAAUUAACCUGGUUUAGACUCCGUCUAUGGCUAUCACUUUCAACUAUAGCCGAUACUUCGGGGCAGAAAUGUUAAUACCUCGCUUUUCUAAUAAUCUACGUUGUAUAUAUAAACGCUUGUUGCUUCGUACACUUUUAUCUGCUUAAUCAUUGUGAUUCGUUGCAUUUCCAAAGUCACAAUGCCGUUUGAAGCCAUAGGGACGACGUUUAGUUUAAUGCAAGUAUAGUACUGCCCAUAAUUUUAAUGCUGGCCAUACUCGCAACUUUUGUAAACACUAUACAUAAUUUGCACGCGCGUCACUUCCGGUCCGCUCCCCGCGAGUGACCGCCAUUGCUGGGUACUGUUACGAUUGGCAUUUAGCAUUGCUGUGCUCGACGGGUCUUCUCGACCAAGGAUGCUACACCGGCAAACCGGCAGCGAUAAAAUGCCAUUCAUGCCCAUUCGUCUUCGUAAGGCCAGGGAGCUGGCGACUAGAUCAGCGUCACCUGAGACUAAUGGACAAGCAAUUACGUUUCGUAUUUUCGGCUGUUCGACCGCUCAGAGCUGACGGGCGAGACGAAUUCUGAGACCUCAGACUGCAAUGGGUCAUCGGUCUCGUGCGUCGUUAAACGGCAACGUGGCCCUUUUCUGUCACGGUAUAGACUGUGACAGUCAAACAAAGAGCUCACUUCGAGACGACGACAACGCCGCCCUUUGUGGGAAACGAUAUUUACCGCGAAGGCCCGUCUCCUGGUCCUGUCGGGCUGAUCGUCAUGGAAAGUUCCCUGAUUCUUGCAAAGGACCAACGUCACGAAUUUCCGCGGAAACGGCACGCGAAGUUGAGGUUCACAAAGUGCCACGCGGUUUCCUCGUAUGCGGGGGCGUUUGCGCAACCUUGGAGGCUGAAUCCGGCGGAACGCCGCAAAGUCAGGGGUGGGAUUUUGCCAACAGUUUGAUGGUUAUGAUUGGCCGAGAAGAGUGAAUUCUCUCUACGAGAGAAAGGGGGCAAAUGAAGUGCUUAAAAAAAGCGGACCUUCAGUGUUGUGGAGGUUUGCCCGUUCGUGCGCGUACGUAAAAACUCUCAAAAUGUAAAUGUUGUAAAUAAACCCUUUUUUGCAUCUCUUGGACGUCGCCCCGGAC